AAGAGACGGCGCUCGGCGUAUGCGCAUACUACGGACACAGUACUAGGUGUGACUUCUUUUGCGCCUCCUCGCGGCCUCUGGGAUUUGCGUGAAAUGGAUGGGUUGAUCCUGACUCAAUCCGCUUCGGAAUGACACUCGAUCCUCCAGCACUUGGCUCAAAGAGCUCCCAACCCGCAAGCUGGGGCGAGAGACGAUCUAGGGUAGAGGAGCUGCUAGCAAGUGCCCCAAUCUUGGAUGUGGUACGAUGCCUUCGACGCGCGCUCCGAGCCGAGGGCAAGCAGCUUGCCGUCCCCUCGCCCGAUGACCCCUCUGAGGAUUUGGAUCUCGCGUUGGCAGCGUACUGGCCAGUGGAGGGGACUAGCGCCGGUGCUGCCUCAGACACUAAUGUGGUACGUAGAAGAGCGAUGCCUCUCUUGAAGGAGCUCGCAGCGACGACCAUUCAAGAGAGGAAUUUUGCCAGCGAGACCGCUCUGGCAAGGAGCUUGAGUCGAGGUGGUGGCGGCUUCUGCGAGGUAACGCGAUCGCGAUUCGACAGGAAGCUAUACGUGGUCAAAUCUGCAGUCAAGAGGACAGUGGUCGCAUCUUUCGGCACUUCCAACCUCUCUCCUUCUCUGGAGCGCCACAUCCUCAGCCUCGCUCGCACCUAUGCAGGGUCGUCAUCGUCCGAAUUCGAGGGCGAGCUACCAACGCCUCGCAUACAUGCCGCAUGGUGCAGUCGAUCGGACGUCUUCAUCGCGAUGGAGUACUUUGCAGCGGGAGAUCUGGACAUGUUGCUCAGCAGCGCUGGAGAAGCAAAGUGCUUGAACGAAAUGUCGGAUGAAAAGGGACGCAUACACGAGCAUCACACCCUGGCUUGGGGCAGAGACAUGGUCGCUGCCGUCAGCUGGCUCCAUUCGGAAGGUUUCAUGCACCGCGAUAUCAAGCCUGCAAAUUGGCUGAUCGCAGAUUCAGGUCACCUGAAGCUCUGUGACUUUGGUGUUGCGGCCCCCUUCUCUUCCUACGGUCCCACCAGGAAGCGACUAGUUCGCCGAUCUCACAACGCCAUCACUGGCACAUCAGAUUACUUGGCCCCUGAGCUGCUUCAUCUACGACUUCAAAGGGCCGAAGCAGCUGAGCUGGCCGAGGCGGCACGGAGAGCGGAAGACUCUUUCGGCUCGCCAUCCUAUGAUUGGCAGAGUCCUGCAUCUGUGCGGCAUGACGUUGUCUCAGACACUGCGUUUCCAUCUGCGGAGGGAGACUAUGGUCCGAGCAUCGAUUGGUGGGGCAUCGGCUUGGUAUUGUACGAGAUGACGUACCGCUACCUGCCUUUUGUCGGGACGCCUGCCCAAGUCGUGGAGCAGAAGCUCAACUUCCACCAACACUUCAGAUUGGAUGAGAGCCUACCCCGCGGAUCCGAGCUCCAGAGCCUCAUGCGAGGUCUAGUAGCACUGGACAGCGAGAGAUUAGGGCGAAACAGCUCAGAAGAAGUCAAGCAGCAUCCUGCAUUCAAAGGUACAGACUGGUCAAAGCCGUACUCGCACCCCUCACCGUUCACACCCAAGCUUGCGGCGGAGAACGAAUCUGGCGAUCAAGCCGUUUCUGUGAUCCACAGCCCUCGCGGUCCUGACCGUCACGUGCAGUCGGAGAGCUUGAUGUCGCCAACGGUCAGCAGCUUCAACGUGAGUCAGCACUUUGCUGGCAUGCAUCACAUUCCGCAUCUUGAUUCUGUAGAAUGUGGCUCUUCGAGCGCAGCAGACGCAUGGGAGAAAGCUGCUGAGGGCAGCUGGCCUACAGAGGACGAUACUAGCGUCAACGAGUCUCAGACCGCUGUCGCGGCAUCUCCGGCCUCUGCCGCUCUAGCAAGACGUAUAAGCCAGCGCGACACGCGUGCGGAUGCUGCGUGGUCAGACGUAGACAUGUAUUUUGUUGGUCUAUCAAUGCUGCCAGAGAACAACGCUUUCGCCUCGGCGGAGGCCAUACACAAAGGAGACGAAGAGAUGCUUGGCGAAAUGCGUCGUCAGACUCGGGUACGGAUCUCGGAUCAGCUCGAAGUAUUGAGCUCGCCGCCAGAACCCACCAGGGAAUCGAAGCCAGCUUCAAGCAGUCAGUCCACUUCCACGCCAUAUUUGCGACACGACAAGAAGUCUGAGGGGCAUCUUGCAUCUACGCCGUGGCAGCCGCACGGACAGCGUUCACUUCACCGCCAUGCCCUCGAGACAGCUUCACGAGUCGCGAGCGUAGCGAAGUACGGACACUUGCUGCCGUCGAACGCACCAGGCGCCUUCGUGACACCCAUGCGGAAAACUUCAAUGCCCAGCUUUGGCAGUAGAUUUCAGCAAGAGGCGCACGCGCAACACGGUCACAAUGAUCAUCUACUCUCUGGCACACCUUCGGCAGCACCGUCCGCCUCCCCGUACCCCUUCCCGAUUGCAUCUGCUUUCAGACCUAGCACAGUGGCUCAUCGAACCGGGUCAGGCAGCUACUUCGUGAUGAGGACGCCAGGCGUCGAUGCGCACGGGACCGAGUCGCAGACUUCAGGAGGUAGCAACGCGCGCCGCAACAUGAGCGAGCAGGAGGCUUGGAAUGAAAUGUGGUUGGCUGCUGGUAGCGCCAGAAAGCCCAAACGAGCGGCUACCCUAGAUGAGGGUCUGCAGCGUCCCAAGAGAUCUUUCAGUGUCCUCCAACCCGGCAAGCGAAGCAGCCGAGGUGAAAUCGUUCCUGCGUCGCGUCGCGUAGCAAGAACGCGCUCCACUACUAGCGCGAGCGAGGCCACGGCCUGCGGUCCAUCCGUUCGAGCUUCGCAGGCAUCUGAAGUGGAUCAGGAUGGCUACAAGGUUCCGAGACCAACGCGCAGUGCUUUGGAUACGCUGCUGUCAAAAGUAGCGCAAAUCAGAGCACAGACCAACGACUCGAGGUCUGCUACCUUCUCCGACUCCGAGCCGGACUCUCCCGUGCUCGCACAAGGUGGGAAACAGCAGCAGAAGAACGAGAUGCCUGGCAUCGACCCGUUGCGUGUGCUUCCCAUUGAGCUGCGUGAUGCGGCCGUCAACACCUCCGCUUCGCUCGGAAUCCCAGCACAAAAUCAAGCAAGGCUUCAGAAGCGUCGGAGCGCUCGCCAGGUCUUGUUGCAAGCACAAGAGAGAACCACGCCCACGAAAGACUCGCGCUGCUCGAGUCCGCUGCUGACUGCAAACUUGUCCAACCUCAAUAUCGACCCAACUUCGGCACCCAUCAGUGGACCGCUAAGAUCGGCAGCUCCCGCGCAUUCGGCCUCUCUCGAGCGAGGUCAAUUGCCCAUCAGCGCCAGAGAAAGGGCUGGGAGCAGUUGCAGUCUUGCGUCGGUGCAUUCUGUGCGUUCUGUGCAGGAUGCGCCGCUCCGAAGCGCACCUCUUCUUGGCGCAAUGCAGCCGCCCGUGAUCGGUACUAGACGAAGCAGCAUUCUAGACCCGAGGUGUUCAGAGCUGCGCGAACGAGACAGACCCCACCUCAUGCGCCGACGAGACAGUAGCCAGAUGCUAGCAGAAUUUCGGCAACGGAGGUCGCCAGAUGACGUAGAUGACAGCUUGGAGUUAGGCCAGCCUCUGCCCCCCAAGUUGAUGGUGCCUACAGCGUCUGGCACUGCGAUGCCUGGCAGCAGCCCUAGUAUGCCAAGCCUCGCACCUACUGCGGUGACGCAUGACCAAAGUCUUCGUCCUGCUUCUGAUGCAAAGGCUCAACGUAGAGCGUCCAUGCAACCUAUGCGGCCCCCCAAUCCCAGAUCUUCGAACGCGCCCGCGUUGCUCAAAAUCCGUCAAGCUGAACAAACACAACUCCCUCGGCGUCCUUUGCAUCACCAGCUCCUAGGCCGUCAUUCCAGCUCGAUCCUGUCGACUCAGACAGACGAGAAUCAGCCUCCCAGGAGUCGCACGAGGCAAGUGUCGGCGGAGGAGCAGUGUGCGAAGAGUGCCACAAGAGCGUCCAGCUCAAGACCUCCUAAGAGCCGCAGUCGACAGAGCUCGGCCGAGAUUCAAUUCGCCAAACGUCCUUCAGAACUCGACAAGCGCGCCUCUCAAGUUUCCCUUCGACCCGUCAAGUCAUCGUUGCUCAAUCAGGGCAACGUCGGCUCAAGACGCGCCUCGAGCGAAGUGACACUGAUCUCAACCAUGUCUCAAAGGCACGCCGAGCUUGAGUCGGACUUGAAAGGCGUCGAAAGCAGGAUAGCCAGCUUGCGCUCGCUGCUGGACAAUCCUUGAAUGCUUCACGUCAUGCAUUCGAUGGAACGGGGACGCGCCUCAACUCUGCAUCUUCCUCUGCUCCAUUUCAUUCCCUACACCAACUAUCAUACAUUCGUUUCACCCUCUCAGCACAUCGCAUGACAUCUACUUUGUACACCAGCACAAACAGACACGGAACGAUAGCAUGUCUUGCAGCAGCA